ACGGCAUCCCGCCGGAUUUCUCGAACGGGAACAGCUUUCAGAGUAUAAACAAACACAAAGGACCAAAGGAAGAGGCAAGCUGCUCCAGUAGGUCGUACCACCAUGAUAAAUAGCCUCUUCAUUCUCGACCGCAAUGGCAAGGUCAUAAUCGAAAAGCACUGGCGGAAACCGGUUCCGGGAGCCGUGGACCAGUUCCUGAAAGUGUCGCAGCUGUCGUCGAUACCGCAGGAGGUUCCGCCCGUCAUUGCCACCGCCGACGAUCUCUAUUUUCACCACAUCUUGAGGAGUGGCUUGGUGUUUCUGACGGUCACGGUUGAGGAAGUCGCACCUUUGAGUGUUCUGCACUUUCUGCACCGCUUUCUGGACCUUCUGAUAGACUACUUUGGGGCCGUCACCGAAACAACGCUCAAAGAGAACUUUGUCAUUGUCUACGAGCUUCUGGAGGAACUUCUGGACUACGGAUAUCCAUACAUCACCGAGCCGAACAUCUUGAAGGAGAUUGUGCCACCAACGACUCUGCUAUCUACGGUCAUAAACGCCGUAUCCUUGGGCACAACAUACGGAACAAAACUACCAUCAGGCAAUCUGUCAACAAUACCAUGGCGCUCGACAGGGAUCAAGUAUACCAACAAUGAGAUCUUCUUCGAUAUUGUUGAAACGAUCGAUGCCAUCCUCGAAAAAAACGGCAACGUCAUCAUGGCAGAAACACACGGCGAGAUUCUGUGCAACAGUCGGUUGUCAGGAAUGCCCGAUCUGUAUCUCUCGCUGCUGAACCACCGCAUGCUGGGCAACAAGAUGACCAGUUUCCAUCCGUGUGUGAGACUCCAUCGGUUUGAAAAGGAUCGAGUGCUGUCGUUUGUUCCGCCGGAUGGACAGUUCAAGCUCAUGGACUACACCGUGGACCUGGUCGCUGCAAACACACUACCAUUGCUGAUAAAGCCGCACAUCCACAUUGCAAAGCGGUCAGGAAAGCUCAACAUAUCCUUCCAACCACGGUCAACGGGCGGCAAGGGCAUCGAGAACGCGGCAUUGUCCGUCACUUUGCCUCCAGAAGUGACGUCCGUGAAGCUGAACGCGUCUGCGGGACAGUAUACAUUUGACCACAACACCAAGGAAUUACGGUGGACGAUAGGGAAGAUAGCUGCGGACUUCAACGUCGCAGGGGUGCCGCAGCUGACGGGCUCGCUGUACCUUGACGCAGACGCAAGCCCAGUACAGCCGCUUUUGACGAUAUACGUUGACUUUAAAGUCAACAUGUUCACCGCCACGGGCUUGAAGAUUGAUACGCUGCAAGUCCAUCAUGAAGCAUAUAAACCGUUCAAGGGUGUGAGGACGGUCACGCGGGCAGGAAGAUAUCAGAUCCGGAUAUAGGUUUUCAUCAGGAAGAAAGUGCUAGCUGCCAGCGCUUUUGUAUGUAGAGGAAUAGAGCGUGGUGCCAGGCUUUAGAGCUCUCGUAAUGCAUUCGAUGGCGCACAAAAAGCUCAAU